CAUGGGCCAUAUAUUUUGGACCGAGAUACUCUUGUAUAUAUACUCGGUUUGUAAAUCAAUGAAGCAAGUCAUUUGGUUCAAGUUUUCUACAUGGUAUCGAAGCGAUCCUCGGAUUCCCUUCGUAAACCCUACGAGAGCAGGCGCAGGACUCUCACCGUCGUCAAGUCUUGUCCAGGAAAUCCUCACACGGUGGCACUGCUCAGUUCAUGCUUUGUCAUGUCAACUCCCGAAACUACAAAGCGCGCGAGGCUCAUCCACAAUCCCUCAACAAUAUACUAUAUCCAUCCAUCCGAACAUGCAGUUGAUUGACAGUGGGACAUCUCAUCAUAUGACAAGUGUUUUCUCUUAUAUAUUUGACAUUGAGCAAGUCUUGCACUCUUCAACUAGUCUUCGUGAUGGUUCUCGUGUUGAGGCAACCAAACAAGGAAGGGUUCGCUUAUCACCAUCCUUGAUUCUAACUAGCAUUCUUUUUGUGCCCACUCUUCACUAUCAUUUAAAUAAAGUAAGGGUGCACAG